CCUUCAACUUGCACCCUCAACGUCGUCACUUCCGGUCUUCUGGUCUUUUGGUCUCCAAUCGCCUUCGUGCGGCUUUUUUCGACCUUGCGGACCUUUUCAAUUGAUUCUUCUUCGUCCUUCUCCCCCGACUUUCGUCCCAAAUCCCCGAUAUGGCCGCUCCCCGACUUUUCCGCCCAGCAUCCCGGGUGCUCUCUUCGCGCCUGACCUCCGCUUCUCUGCGCCCGGCUUUCGCUCAGUCUGCUCUGCGCGCUCGCGGUUAUGCCACUGAGGAUGGUGUCAAGCAGGUCACCGUCCGUGAUGCCUUGAACGAGGCGCUCGCCGAGGAGCUGGAGGGCAACCAGAAGACCUUCAUUUUGGGUGAGGAGGUCGCACAGUACAACGGAGCUUACAAGGUGACGCGAGGUCUUCUGGACCGCUUCGGCCCCAAGCGGGUUAUUGAUACCCCCAUUACUGAGGCCGGUUUCACUGGUCUUGCUGUUGGUGCUGCCCUGGCUGGCCUGCACCCUAUUUGCGAGUUCAUGACCUUCAACUUCGCCAUGCAGUCCAUUGAUCAGAUUAUCAACUCUGCCGCCAAGACUCACUACAUGUCCGGUGGUAUCCAGCCCUGCAACAUCACUUUCCGUGGUCCCAACGGUUUCGCCGCCGGUGUCGCCGCCCAGCACUCCCAGGACUACUCUGCCUGGUACGGCAGCAUUCCUGGUCUCAAGGUUGUCUCCCCCUGGAGCUCCGAGGAUGCCAAGGGUCUCCUGAAGGCUGCCAUUCGCGACCCCAACCCCGUCGUUGUCCUCGAGAACGAGCUCAUGUACGGCCAGGCUUUCCCCAUGAGCGAGGCCGCCCAGAAGAGCGACUUCGUCCUCCCCAUCGGCAAGGCCAAGAUCGAGCGUCCUGGCAAGGACCUGACCAUCGUCUCCCUCUCCCGCUGCGUCGGCCAGUCCCUGACCGCCGCCGCGGAGCUCAAGCAGAAGUACGGCGUCGAGGCCGAGGUCAUCAACUUGCGUUCCGUCAAGCCCCUCGAUGUUGAGACCAUCAUCGCCUCCCUCAAGAAGACCGGCCGUCUGAUGGCUGUUGAGUCUGGCUACCCCAUGUUCGGUGUUGCCUCCGAGAUCCUUGCUCUGUCCAUGGAGUACGGUUUCGACUACCUGACUGCCCCCGCUGUCCGUGUCACUGGUGCUGAGGUUCCUACUCCUUACGCCCUUGGCCUUGAGAACAUGUCCUUCCCCCAGGAGGACACCAUUGUCAGCCAGGCCGCCAAGCUUCUGCGGCUGUAAGUUUUUGGAAUUGCAGUGAGCGUGCAAUAAUAAAACCUUGUGUCUAGUACCCCCAAUCCCUCUUCAACAUUUUUCCCAUCUGUCUCAUCUAUUUUUUAUUAUAUUGUUGUGUCCCUCCACCACCCAUCAUGUCAUUAUCUAUUGCCACCUAGGCAGAUUCUUGGAAAGCUGUGUACGAUUACCUUCCUCGGGUCUGUGCUAUGUUUUCUCUUUCUCUUUUUGUGUUCCCCCCAGCGUAAGUUCUUUUACUUAGAAUGAUAGACAUUGGAAGGUUGAUA